GCUCGGUCACAAUGAACACAGACAGGCAAUUUGGUCUGACGCUGGCGUGCAUGUGCCACCAACCUUUUCUGUUUCCUGUUAUUUUUACAACUGUAUCCGCCACAGCUUGGUUACAUCACAUUUAACGGACUUUUAACAAUGCCCAACUAUUACAUCUCCUUUAUUUUAAAGAACAAAAAGACCAUUGAAAAUAGUCACAGAAAUAUUAACUCAAACCUUCAAAACUGAUUCAGUUGUUUCUAGGCAGUUGCAUCGAUCAGGUGAACAAAGGUAACAUAACUCUCUGUAAUCACUAACCAAAAUAAUAUUCUGUAUGUCUGUCUGGGUUCUGCAGGCUGCCCCAAUCUGGGUGCAGUCCUUUUUCCUCCCUCUCUCCUCACAGGUGGCCUUUGACGAGCAGGGAGGUGCGCAGCGGCAGGUGUUCUGCGUUAAGCGGCGCUCGGGGGAAGUAUAUAAACGGUUGGCUGCCAGCACAACACUGCCAGAGUGUUAUCCCAAAGUGGUUUCCGAAAGCCUUGGAUCACUCCUCGCAGCUCCUCUGCGCUCAAGACUCCCGACGUCUAGUCAGCCAGGCUCUCUCCUGCUCAUCUCCGCUGGCAGCCACCUCAAGACCUACCCGAGCGUCCGUCUGCCUGGCCCUGCCCACCCUCCACCCUUCGCCCUUUCUGCCUCAGAGCCGCCUGUGUUCUUAAGAGCCCGUAGAAAUGCCAAGCCGCCAUCCCUCUGGCGAACUCACCUUGUUCCCCGAUACUUGAAGUUUCCUCGUCUCGUCUUCCUCAGUUUAUCUGCUUUCCCCCGUCCUUGGCGGGUGGCUGCAAUUUGGCAGGGAGGCGUGGCCCCACAGCUGAUCCUCGUUCCACGGCGCGGCGGUGGAGUACUUAAGCGGAGGGCUGGAAGAUGCCAGAGUGUUAACUUAGUGUGGUUGCCUCACGCUCUGGAUCCCGCUCCGGAGCGCUCCCUCGGACCUGUGAAGCCUCAAGCCAAGUUUUCCCUCAAGCACCAGCUUGGAUACUGCUCCGAAGCUCCCCGUGGUCCCGUGAAGUCUCUAGCCUGA